CUCAAAUAGUUGAUUAUAUUUUAUAUUAUUUUUCUGUAAAAUAGCAUUUUAUGCAAAUUUCAAUCACUUGAAUGCACAUCGUAUAUUGAACUAUUAAAAUCCUAUUCAGAAUGUCAAUAGAAGCUUAUAGAAGUUUUCAAGCACUGACUCUUGUAUUUGCCGUUGUGGGUAACGACAUAGAACUAAGCACAAGUAUAGAUUACUCGCAGCUGGCAAAAGAAGCUGAAAAUAAUAAAAAUGACUUAAUAGGAUUUCUAAAUCAAAAAACGAUUCGUGAUAAAUAUAAAGAAUUGUAUUCAACAUUGUUAAACAACUUGAUGGGAUCUCGCCGUACAGGGUCCACUCGGCGCAUUGUGUCUGGGCAGAAUACCUCGAUUGCGGCAGUGCCGUGGCAGGUGUCGCUGCGAGAGAAAACCUAUCCCAUCUGCGGCGGCUCCAUCAUCACCGACCUAUGGCUGCUCACGGCCGCGCAUUGCCUCAUCAAGUCGCAUGCUAGUGAACUGAGCGUCCGUCUGGGCUCGUCGUGGAAGACCCACGGGGGCGAGAUGUACGAUGUAAAGCAUUGCUUCGUUCACCCGCGCUACGCCAGUAAGACGAAGAGCAACGACGUCGGCCUCGUGCGGUUGUACGCGCCUCUUCGCUUCUCGGCGCGCGUGUUGCCCAUAGGACUCGUUGCCAAGGAGACCAAACUGUUAGCCGAUCAACCCGCUAUAGUGUCGGGAUGGGGCAAACUGCGCGAAGGCGGGCCCAGUGCGACAUACCUCCAGUCCUCCACCAUAAAGACUAUCGCGAUGAAGCUGUGCCGGCGCUCGGGGCUCGAUAGAAAGUCAAUCGAUCCAGCGUCCAUGUUCUGCGCUGGCUCUUUCAGCCAACCUUCGCCGGACGCCUGUCAGGAGUGGUGUCGUGGGGCCUGGGCUGCGCGCGAGGGAACUUCCCCGGAGUCUACGCUAGACUUUCCAACCCCGUUAUAUGGGAUUGGCUGCAGAAUCAUUUUACGAAUAAAUCGAUUAAUGAAUAUAAUAAAUUAUUGUAACUUGCAAACUUUCUUAAAACGCUUUACUGAAACAUUAUAUUUCAAAUCAGUUAUAUUUCACCGUUAAGGAAUAUACAGAUUUGGUUCAACUUAACAUGGGUCUUUAAACGUUGUUGCGCCUGUGAAUUCUUAGCGACUGAAACUUUAGACUCAAGAAUAGGUACGUGUACUUUAUUAGUAUUAAAAUAAAAUAAUAUUGAUUAGAUAGAUUUCAUAAUAAAAUUUUAAUAUCUCUUCGUCCACGUGAAUAAACAUGACUUGUAAAAUACGUCUUAAUCGCUAAGAUUCAUCAACGACGUAAAACAAAUAAACUGCGAAUCGAACGACACCUAACAAAAUCAAUACAAAAAUGCAGCUAUAAAAAUAUAACUUAAUUAACAACGUUUCGAAGUUAACAGUGCAAUAAUGCGCUCUAAUUUUUCAUCAAAUCAAUUAAAGUAAAAACUGGCGACUUAGCACUACCACUGGAACACUUUGCACUAUAUUAGAAGAAGGGUCAACCCUAGUACGCAGCGUUUUGCGGCGCGGGUUCAACCGAGUUGCGCGAUAGCUCCAAUCGUAGCAUCAGAGUUCAAGCGGCGUAUAGCUCGUGGAAAAGAAUGAAACUCGCUCCGAACAACAUUUCAGUCGCCAUGAGUUUGACCAACAAAAAAUAACAUUUUACUAACAACUAUUAUUCUUAUUUUAUAAGAAACGUUGAGUUUAUCAAUUUAAUUAAUUUACAAUUGUAACAUAUUGUCGGUUUAAGUUUCACUUUUAGAUGUUGAAAUCUCAUUGGUCGCUCUUACGUUAGUACUUUUGGUGAUGACAGCUGUCUUAAUCACAAAAAUAAAAUAAAAAUUUCUGUUACAAUUCUGUCAUAACUUUCGAACUACGAAGGUGUACAGCUGUGCGUUAUGUUCAAGUUCCAUAAAUAAUAAGUUGAGCAAGCGUAUAAAUGUAUUCAGUUAUCUUGGCGACUCUUAACUUCACUGCGCAAAACACAAUAUUAGUUGUGGCGGGAUGCGGGGGGCAUUACGCAACGCGCACAUGACCUUGGGCCGCCGAGAUUAUUGAAAAAACUAAUAAGUGUAUUAGAUAUAAUUUUAAUAAAAUAAUACGCGUCUCUACUAAAACUUAGGGCCAAAGAUGCACUUAUAGACGCGUAUUCGUAAUAAUUACCAAACAAAAUAUAAUAUUACAUAGGUGAGGAUAGUAUUAUACCAUAGAUAAAAUCAUUGCUUGCAUGUUUUUUUAUUAUUUUAUUUAAAUU